AAAGAUAAUUUGAUCUUGAGAAAAAUGGCCAGCGUGGAGAAUGAAUCAAAAGAUUUCGUGCAAAGGGCUGUCAUUAUAACAGAUCCGCAAAAAGCAGUUACAGAAUACUUUAUAUCCAAGCAAGAGGAACGUCAGUGCAUCAAAAAAUAUCCAGAAUGGGACAGAGCGAGAACCUGUCCGGCGACCGAAGUGAUCAGGGCACGUCAGGAAUUGACUCGGGUCGAGGAAACGUUGAAGGAGAAACGUGCGGAACAGGAGAUGAAACGUAAGCACAUGGACACGCAGUGGGAAGAGGCGAGAGAGCAGAACCUGCUGUUGCGGCAAUCUUUCGUGAAGUUUGAUAAACUCGUGAAGGAAAAUGUCGAGAAGCGCGAGCGAGCGGAGCAAAAGAUCAAGGAAGAACGUGAGCAUCAAGAGAAAUGUACACGCGAAAUCGAGGAAUUGGAACAGAAAUUAUGUUAUAUGCGAGACAUACGUGAUAAAAUGCAACGAUACGUAGCGGAAUACAAAAAGUUCCAAAAUUAUUUGGACAGAGUGGUGAACGAGACGGGUGAAUUCCAAUCGAUCAAUGAAAUAUUCAAUCGUUACGAAACUCUAGUUGAAGUUAGACAAGCUUUGUCUGAUCAUCAGGACAAAAAUCUCCAGUUACUCGAAGAGAAAGGAUCAGAAAUACAUCACUUGUCGGAAGCAAAGUCGCAGAUGUUAAUGAGACUGAGUAAUAAAUUGGCGCAAUUGCAAGCACGAUAUGAUCGGGCAAAAGUGCAGGCAUUGAAAUGGGAGACGAUCGUCUCGCGGAUAAAGGAGACUGCCGCCGCUAAAAACCUGGAGCUGACGCAAGUGAAGGCGUGCUGCUGGAACAUCUAUCAGCAGAUUUGCAAAAGGAAGGAGAUACCUGUCAAGGUGAGCAGCGAGGACGUUGAGCAGCAGUUGGUUCACAUCAAGCGGACUAUCCUCGAAUUAAGGCGGAUCAUCAAGGCCGUCAAGAAGAAAGCGCGAGAGGAGAGAGGUGCGCCGCAGGAAUAAAAGCGAUUCUUCUUGCGAUUGCUACAGUGUCGUAAGUCUCGCGCCUAAUGUACGGCAAAUAAAUAAAAAAAGUCGCAACUCCAU